AUGGAGGAAACCUCAUCGAUCUUGUUGCCUACUCAAAGAUACGCAGCAGCUGCUCUGUUUGCUCUGGCGCUUCACCAGUCUCAAAUCCAUCAAGGUCGGUCUCCGGAAACUCCUCGCAGCGGUGAUGGUGGUGAUGCUCCGAGCAACGCCGAUGCUGCUUCUGUUUCAGACAAUCCCGAGCUUUGGAUUCACGAGAAUUCUGGUUUGCUUUGGCCUGUUUUUAGGUUCCUCGGAGUGGAUGACCAAGCCUGGCAUGGCCUAAAGGAAACUGCGGGUUCGUCUUCCCAAUUCAGGCAUCACCUAGGAGCUUUCUUGAAAUUACUGUCAGAGGAAGGCAAUGCAACUUCUUCGGAAAGAUUGGAUAAACAAGCCGCAUUGACCAAAGCAGUUGAUGCUACAACUGAGAGCAUGAAUGCUAGUACUGAUUCUUCAUGCGUAGGCCAUGAGCAGAAAACUGGAAGUCAAGAUGAUUCAUGUGCUAUAGGGAUAAAAUCCUCUGCUGUGGCUGCUGAGCCUCAUUGUGAAACCAUGGACAGCUCAGCUUUGCUGCCUCCAGAAAAACAAGCUUCCACUGCACUUGAAAAUGCAACAUUUGAGCAACCUUUAGAGGAGGCAACCCUUAUCAGUUACCAGAGGAAAGUGACAGUUCUUUACUCACUUCUUUCAGCUUGCGUAUCAGAUACUGCUGAGGUUGACAAGAAGCACUGUCAGUCAAGGCAGGGCUAUGAUGCUCGUCACCGUGUGGCGCUGCGGUUGCUUGCUUUAUGGCUUGGUGUCAAAUGGAAUGAAAUGGAAGCAAUGGAGGCUAUGGUUGCUUUUUCUUUUAUGGAUUCAGUGAGUAAAGAAGGUGCCAAGGAAGAAGAAUCUAUAGUUGCAGAAACCGACUGGGAUAAAUGGAAGCGUGGAGGUAUCAUAGGAGCAGCUGCUGUAACUGGAGGAACCUUAAUGGCUAUAACUGGCGGCUUGGCUGCCCCGGCAAUUGCCCAUGGAUUGGGUGCUUUGGCUCCUACAUUGGGCAGUAUUAUUCCUGCCAUUGGAGCUGGUGGAUUUGCUGCUGCAGCAACUGCUACAGGAUCUGCUGCUGGAUCUAUAGCUGUUGCUGCAUCAUUUGGAGCUGCUGGAGCUGGACUUACUGGUAGUAAGAUGGCUACAAGAAUUGGAAGUCUUGAGGAAUUUGAGUUGAAAGAAGUUGGAGGCAUUCAUCAAGGCCAUCUAGCUGUCAGAAUCUCCAUUUCUGGGCUUGCAUUUGAGGAGAAAGAUUUUGUGGAACCUUGGGAAGGUCAAAAUGAUAACAUGGAGAGGUAUGUGCUCCAAUAUGAGUCUAAAAAUUUGAUUGCACUGAGCACUGCCAUCCAGGACUGGCUUACUUCAAGAAUUGCGAUUGAGUUGAUGAAAGAUGGCGCCAUGCUGACAGUAUUAAGCUCACUCGUGGCAGCACUAGCAUGGCCAGCAACUUUAGUUACUACAUUUGAUCUUAUAGACAGCAAAUGGGCAAUUGCAGUGGACAGAUCAGACAAGGCUGGUAACGUGCUUGCUGAAGUGUUGCUGAAAGGCUUGCAAGGAAACAGGCCUGUGACACUAGUAGGUUUUUCAUUGGGAGCCCGUGUUAUUUUCAAGUGUCUCCAAUGUUUGGCUGAAUCCAAAGGAGACAACGCUGGGCUAGUGGAAAGGGUUGUUUUCCUUGGAGCACCCAUCUCAAUUAGAGACGAAAACUGGGAGGCAGCGAGAAAGAUGGUGGCUGGAAGGUUUGUGAACGCUUACUCUGCGAAUGACUGGACACUUGGUAUAACUUUUCGUGCCAGUUUACUUUCUCAAGGAUUAGCUGGAAUCCAACCUGUUGAUCUUCCCGGGAUUGAGAAUGUUGAUGUGACACAACUUAUAGAGGGACACUCUUCCUACCUGCGGAUGACACAGAAGAUAGUGGAGCAGCUUGAAUUGGACAAUUAUUAUGCUGUUUUCAGAAGGGGACAUGACAACCCCCAGGAAGAGAAGAGUACCGUGAACUAG